AUGAGGUUUUUUCCGCUCCUUUCGCUGAUUGGUGUUGCAGGCUACAUUAUGAACGUGCUGUUCACUACUUGGUUGCCAACCAAUUACAUGUUUGAUCCAAAAACUCUGAACGAAAUAUGUAACUCGGUCAUCAGCAAACACAACGCAACAGACAACAACUCCACUGAAUAUCUGCUACAAGAUAUCAGAGACGCACUUGCCUCUCAUUACGGGGACGAAUACAUCAACAAGUACGUCAGAGAAGAAUGGAUUUUCAACAAUGCGGGUGGGGCAAUGGGCCAAAUGAUCAUUCUACAUGCAUCUGUAUCCGAGUAUCUAAUUAUAUUCGGCACGGCUGUUGGUACAGAAGGUCACACCGGUGUUCACUUUGCCGAUGACUACUUCACCAUCUUACAUGGUACGCAAAUCGCGGCUUUGCCAUAUGCCACCGAAGCAGAAGUCUACACUCCUGGUAUGACCCACCACUUGAAGAAGGGAUACGCCAAACAAUAUAGCAUGCCAGGUGGCUCCUUUGCCCUGGAACUGGCUCAAGGCUGGAUCCCAUGCAUGUUGCCAUUUGGGUUUUUGGACACUUUCUCCAGUACCCUUGAUUUAUAUACUCUAUAUAGAACUGUCUACUUGACUGCUAGGGACAUGGGUAAGAACUUAUUGCAAAACGGAAAGUUCUAA